AUGGGCGAUAGUAAUCCAGAUGGCGACGAUCACCAAAGCCCCCAUCCUCAGAACGACUCCGUUCAACCACAGAUGACGAUGCACCCCGUCACCUACUCCAGCAUGCCCAUGCACAUGUAUCCCUUCCCGCCUGGUGCCGUCCCCAGUAGCCAACCGCCUCGCACCAAGCGCCGGCAAGUCAAGAACGCUUGCACCAACUGCCAGAAAGCUUGCAAGAAAUGCGACGACGCUCGCCCGUGCCUCCGUUGCGUCAAGUACGGUAUCGCAGAGGAAUGUGUCGAUUCCCAAAGAAAGGAACGGCAGAAAGGGAUUAAGAGAGGGCCUUACAAGAAGCGCGAUGGAAAGAGUAAGCGUCCUCCUACUUUCUACCUAUCGUCGCCCAGCAGCGUCGAGCAACAAGCCGACGUCGGCGCCCAGUCGGCCAUGGUCAUGCCGCCUGCAGUCGCUGCAACAAGCGCGACUCCGCCCAUUCCCUAUGUCGCGCCGUACACGCCCUUCUACGGGCAGUACCCCGCCACACACGUUCCCAAGUCCGGUGACGGUCCAGUUUAUGUGCCACAGUUGUUUUAUGCGCCCAUUGCGGCACCACAGCCCAUGCCUCCGAAUCAUGGAGUGGGACAAGACGGUGAGCCCACAGGCUAUGCACCGCCGCCAUACUACCCAGUCUUCCAUGCGCCUUAUCCAGCGCAGUACGCGGCACCGUACAUGAUGCAGGCACCGCCCCGUCCUGAGGGGCAGAUGGCGCUACCUGCGCCUUCGCACCACCCCCAUCACUAUGCCCCGUACCCUCAAAUGUAUCCUAAGCCUCCAUCUAGGGGUCCUGAACUUGGUGGCCAGAUGAUGGACGGCAGAAGAGACAUCCGCCUCGAGGGCGGGAGGAUGGCUGAUGCUAUGCAUGGUGGACAUGGGAAGUCCGGGUGA